GGUGGAAUUGAAGCUAGCUGUCACGAUCAAAUCAAACGGAGGGAUAAUGUUGUUUCCACAAACUUUUCAUUAACCUUUUAAUCCGCUAAUAAUCACUUUCUAAUCCUCGCAUAAUCUUUCGAGGAAACUGAGCUCUCCUCUGCACUACGCACUAUCGAGCUCUCAAUUUCUCAAUGCUUGCCCAACAACCCUCUUCUCAUGCCGACCCUUUAUCAUCCCCCUUGCUUCCUCACUCUCUCUUCUCAUAAGCUCUUCUUAAUUCAAGAAGAAUGCAAGAUAAGCUUGAAUACCCAUCACCACCCACCUCAAAAAAGUUUCAGAAUUUGUAUUUGUUCGGCGAAGAAAUCCAGGAGCGGGAGAAAGGUGAAGAGCGAUGCAGAGCUUUGCAAUGAUAUCCGAGAAUUUUUAUCAGCUGUUGGACUUCCAGAGGAUCAUGUUCCCUCGAUGAAGGAGCUUUCUGAUAAUGGAAGAACUGAUCUUGCACACAUUGUGAGGCGGAGAGGUUAUAAACUUCUUAGACGUUUGCUUUUGAACUCCAUGAAGGAGGAAAUUGAUGAAUCCAAUGAAGAGAAAAGCUUAGCUCGAGAGCAGGACAUUUUCAGUGAUCACAUAGAUAUACUAACAGUAACAGAAGGCCAGGAUGAGAAGGUGGAGGAUACUAGUAAAGAUACUAAAUUGCCAGAGGAAGUCACCAUCAUCGACGACCAUUCAGAGAGUGCAGGCAGUAAUCCUGAAUGCAACUCCAGUGGUCACAGUUCAAUGCAUAUAGAACCAUUUGUUAAAGUGUCAUUGCAUGGUAGUUUGAAUAGGCAUCUUGAUUCCGCUUCUGAUAACAAUACCUAUAAGCCUAUGGAAACUUCAGUUAAUUCUUCCUCGGGAAAAAAGGCCUUAGACAAUUCAAAAGAUCAUGAGGAGAAGGUCAACAGAAUGGUUGAAGAUAUUUCGUUGUCAACUGGAGUUUUAAAGUUGGACUGUCCAGCCGAUAGCCCUGUUGCAAGUCUCAACUUUGGUGACCAUAGCAGCAUGCCUAGAGAUUCUGCAGCCAAUUCAUCUUUGGAGGAUAAGGUGGCAAAGUUUAUUCAGAGCGGAAAUUUGGAUGUCACUGAAGAUACUUUCUAUGGAAUAUUAGAUGAAAGUAUUGAAGAAAGCGAGGGCGUUAACAAACCAGAUAAUGAGGCUGAAAUUCCAUCAGAGGCACCUUAUGAAGAGAACUUUGGAGAUGCAUUUGGCAGAAGCAAUGCUGCUUUGGCACUGAAUGGAAGUAUACCAACAUCCAGGCGCAACAUGCUUCAUAAGAUGGUUUAUGGGGCUAGGAAUGGCAAUUUGUCAGAUGAAGGUCCAGCAAGUUCUGAUCUUGACAAGGGUUUGCAUGUUGAGACCAGCAGGAGGGAGAAUCAGGUUGAGAUUAAUAAUCUCAAAUUCAUGCUGCGUCAAAAGGAGUUGGAACUAUCCCGUUUGCAGGAACAGAUUGAGAAGGAAAAGCUUGCUUUAUCUGAUUUACAAAGCAAGGCUGAAAAAGAGAUUAGCAAAGCUCAAAAACUUAUCUCUGACAAAGAUGCUGAACUAGUUGCUGCUGAAGAAAGCCUUUCUGAAUUAGUGGAGGUCGAAAUCCAGUACUGUGGGGAUGGUGAAAUUGUGGAGGUGGCAGGUAGCUUCAAUGGUUGGCAUCACCCGAUUAAACUGGAUCCUCAGCCAUCUUCUAGUAUUGUGGAUUCUACUGGAUCAAGGAAAUCCAGAUUUUGGUCAACAAUGCUGUGGCUUUAUCCAGGUGUAUAUGAGAUAAAGUUCAUUGUUGAUGGCCAUUGGAAGAUUGAUCCCCAGACAGAGUCAGUGACCAGGGGUGGAAUUUGUAACAAUAUUCUCCGAGUUGUUGAAUGAAAGAUUUUUGGCCAUCGUGCAAGGAUGACAUUCUAGUUCUCUAACCUUCGAGUGCAGAAUAAUGAAAAUUCAGUUCAAAAUUUAGUAGCAUUACCAGUAGACAGGAGAAAAGUUCUAAACUGGGAGAUUGUACAGACAACAUAGAAGCAAUAUUCUGUUGAUUUUGGGUUAAUGCUGCAACAAUGAACCAUCCCUUCAAGAGGCUUUGCAUUCUGUGCAGUUUACGGAGUUUCAUAUUCAUUGGGUGUUAUGGUAAAUAUGAACUUGGCCUGCUGCGGUUUGAAACCCAACGCUUACUGUGGAGAGACUAAGUUGAUGCACCAUGCAAGGUCUGCGGGUGUUAUCAGUGCUAAAAAGCUUAAACUAGGUAUAGUUAAUGAGAAUCAGGUGAAUUUAAUAAGGAUAAUAGCUGUUCAUGUGUAGCUGAAAUUGACAAUGUCAAGAAUGGAUUUAGUCUGAGAUAUAGAAUCUUUUGUUCGAUCUUUGCACUCGCAAAAUCUUCUGCUAGAUGUAUAUUCAGCAAAACGGGGUAAUUUUUACUCGCGCACACUAAUUUUAGUACAUGUUUUAUUGCGGUAUGCUAAAA